CAAUUCGACUCGACUCGAUUAGGCUACUGUGGAGAGCUUGACGUCGUUGCUGAAGUUGCCUAAGAAUCUAACUUAGGGGACGUACCUUCUAGCAGCAAACGUCACAUUAAAGAUUUAGUUCCUUAUUCUUUAUUCCUCAAGGCUACUGAAGCUGAGGCUCUUAUCAUCUACAACAAAUUUUCUGACCUUUCAUUAUUUCCCUUUCGUUCCCCCACCCUUUCUGAGCACAAUGUCGAGCAGCGUAGAUCACGAUGCUCUUACAAGCGAGCUCAUGGCCAUGGCCGGAAUUUCUACCGAACAGGCCACCCAAUACCUUUCUGCCAACAAUUGGGAUCUCCCCGCCGCAGCCCAAGCGUACUUCGCCGACGAGGAAGAAGAUGACGCAGGUGCUCCUCUGAAUACUUCUGCCUCUGCCUCCGCCUCCGCAUCCGCCUCUGCAGACUAUAGUAACUAUACUGGCCCUCGUACUCUCGAUGGACGUCCCGCCCCGCAGUCUAUUCCUACCACGUCCAGCUCCUCCAAGAGAGCACCCAAGAAGAAAGGACUUGCCACACUAAGCUCGCUCGGUGGCGGCCACGGACACGAUCAUGAUGACGACGACGACGACGAAGAUGAUGACUCGCAUAGGGACACAUACGCUGGCGGUGAGAAGAGCGGGCUUGCUAUUCAAGACCCGAGUCAACGCGACGGUAGACAACUCGUGAACGAUCUUCUUGCGGAUGCUGCUGCGGGUAAUUCGCAGCGUCCCGAGGCUUCUUCCCAUGCUGGCCCUUCCAGCGCGACUUCUUUCCGCGGCGCCGGACAAACUCUCGGUGGCGAGGGCGCCCCUAGCCGCACGAUUCCAGACCCUCUCGGGGCUGCCGGUUCCGCUAGUCGUCCGCGUCCUACGGGCAAGGUUCAAGAACGAACAUUACAUCUAUGGCGUGAUGGUUUCAGCGUCGACGACGGAGAGCUACGCCGCUUUGACGAUCCCGAGAACACCGAGGCUUUGCGUAUGAUACAGCAGGGCCGUGCUCCUAUCCACUUGAUGAACGUGAGGCUUGACGAGCCUCUCGAUGUCAAGCUUCAGCAGCACGACGAGAACUACCGACAACUCCCUAAAGUGUACAAGCCGUUCAGCGGCGAGGGUCGCCGCCUAGGAAGCCCAGUUCCGGGAGAAUCUGCUACCGCCUCCACGGCCGCCGCAACUCUACCAACCUUGUCGACUUUAAGCACGCCGGCAGCAGCACAGUCGACGGCGCCGAGUACGGCUGUAGACGACUCUCAGCCCACGAUCAUGAUCCGAAUCCAGAUGCCUGACGGUACGCGAUUGCCGGCUCGAUUUAACACGUCGCAUACGGUCAAUGACGUAUAUGACUUCAUCUCCCGAUCCUCUCCAGAGUUGCGAGCUGGUGGAUGGGUGUUGGCUACGACGUUCCCCAACAAAGAUCACACGGACAAGUCUUUAGUACUAGGCGAAAUGGCUGAGUUCAAGAAGGGCGGUACGGCCAUGGUGAAGAAGAACAAAUAAGCGCAGAAGCAACGUUAGGAAUGGAUGAGCCGUGUGUUCGUUAAACAAUAGAGCUAUAGUUGCUAAAUGAGUUGUCCUGCUAUCUUUUAAUGGGACACGAUGCAGCUACGCAUAGAUAUUAAGAGAAUAUUACCUCUUAUUGCGAUAAUUCAAGGGAUGAUUUGAUCGCGAGGCAUAAG